AUGGAGGAGAAGACAAAAUCUCCCUCCUUCUACGUUCUGAACGUAGGCGGACUUUUACUCAUACUAUCUGUUGUUGGGAGCACACUCCGAUUUGCUCUAAUUUCGGUUACGCUGAUAUCAUGGCUUCAAACACAAUGGUUGGCAUACACAGCCGCCCUCAAAAGACGGCAUUCUGCGCGACUCGCAGCAGCAGCAGAUCAGAAUCAAAUUCGAUUAAGAAAGCAGAUUGCCGAUGUUUCCGAGGCGGUUGGGGAGAAUGUUAUUGCGUUACUGGAUAAGAGAAGACGAGAGCUGGUACUCAAAGUCGAUCAGGUGGCCGAGAGGAAGAGACAGGGCUAUAAACAAGAUAUCGUAAGAAGGAUUACAGAAGAUCUGGCGGAAUUUCAGGAGAGCGAGAGAAUCAAAGACGAGCAAAGCCUUACACUACGAGAGUACAGGAUAUCCCAACGAGAAAAAGAGGUCAAAGAUAGGGAAGAGGCGCUCCAGGCACGACAGAAGACACUAGAUGAACGAGAGCAACGAAUUAAAGACAGCGAACGUGCUCUACAAGAUCGACAGAAGCUGCUGGAUGAGCAAGAGCAGAAAGCAAGAGCAGCAGCGGACAGAAUGCGACAAGUACAAAUAAAACAAGAAGAAGUUAAGAUACAAAGUCGAGUCUUGAGCCAACCAGCAACAAUAGCGACGCCAUAUUCAGCCAUUCAGUCUUCUAUUUCUCCCAUAGCCAAAAAACCCACCAUCCUACCUGCGGAUCUACUCGACUUCGCCGAUGACCUAGAAUCAUCCCACUUUACGUGCAUCGGUGUGACAAAGAAAGGAACUCGAUGUGGGCAAAGCAUGAUCUCGAACUUUGAUAAAUCGUCCGCUUCCGAACGUAUAGCGAAGAUGGUAUCCCCGGGUCCUGGAGAUUCUGUUCUUUUCGACAUGAAAGCUCUCCAAGAAUUGGCUGACUGGAUGCUUUGCCCUCGCUUGCACCGUGAUACGCUUCAGGGAGCCGGAAUUGCGAGUAGAUGGUACGACCAAUUGAGUGAUGCCAGAGCACAAUUUGACAGUCACCGAGCAAAAGAGUUCAAGACACCUCCAUCAGCUGGAGUGCCGAACAUCUUUGGCAGUGCUAGUACCGGGAAUAGUACAGGGACAACAGCUAGCAGUCUCGGGUCUUCGGCACAGCCAGUAUCAAUGCCCUAUUUAAGCUCGAACUCUCAAUCUAUGAACCUUUUCGGAAAUCGGACGACGACUUCGAAUUCUGAGCAGCAACUUUUUGGAGGGUCUGCGGCAAGAAAUCUUACGCCGAUGUUUGAAGUCAUGUCUCAAGCCAGGCCUUGA